GCUUGCUCCGCUAAUCUCGUCCACGCCAGAGGCUGACAGACUUCUCUCCGCCGUCCUCCUCGAUCUCCUCCCUCCCUGCUGCCCUGUUGCUUUGCUUUGGCCUUUUGCCUUUGGCCUUUGCAUCUCUUUGCUAAUGCCAAUGGCGAUGGUGAUGUUAAUGGCCGCCACCUCGUGCUCCUGGUGACCUUAACCCCUCCCUCCCCUCCCUUCCUCCUCGCUAAACCCACCCCCGCUGAACCAAUCUUCCUUCUCAUAUCAUCUCUCGCUAAUCAAUUAGCUGGUUCAUGCCGGAGCAAUGAGGCGGGUGGCGCCGGCGACCGUCGCUUCUGCCCACGGAGACGGAGGUGUCCACCAAGGCCUCACCCACCACGGAGAUGCCCACGCCUCGCCCACCGCGACGCACGGUUGCGCCUGCCCCUGCCGCCGCGGCAAGGCCACCGCCCACCACGCCGUCGCCGGCAAUGCCGGGGGCAACGCCAGCCGCUCGCCGGAGGCCAAAGCCCCCGCCUUGCCGCGGCUCUGCAUCUGGGACUCCGCCGGCGACGGCACCAAAGAGAAAGAGGCCGCCGUCUCCGUCUCCGUGGCGUGGCCGGACGAGGCCGCCACCCCGCGCACCAAUCCGCCGCCGCAACGGUGGAGGCGGCCCGGGAAGACCAUCUCCAAGGGCCACCGGAACUACCACCUCAUGCUCAACCUGCAGCUCGGCAUCAGGCACGCGGUGGGGAGGUCGGCGGCGAGGCCGAUGCGGGAGCUCAGCCGGGCCGACUUCGAUCCCCGGGACAAGUUCUGGACGCGGUUCCCGCCGGCGGGGUCCAGGACCACGCCGCCGCACUCCUCCGACGAGUUCCGGUGGAAGGACUACUGCCCCAUGGUCUUCAGGCACAUGAGGAGGAAGCUGUUCGGCGUCGACCCGGCGGACUACAUGCUUGCCAUCUGCGGGGACGACGCCCUGCGGGAGCUGUCGUCGCCCGGGAAGAGCGGCAGCUUCUUCUACCUCACGCACGACGAGCGCUUCAUGAUCAAGACCGUCAAGAAAUCCGAAGUCAAGUUGCUGAUCCGGAUGUUGCCGAGCUACCACAAACACGUUAAACGGUACAACAACUCCCUCAUCACAAGGUUCUACGGCGUUCACUCGGUGAAGCCAUAUGGUGGGCACAAGGUACGGUUCAUCGUAAUGGGCAAUCUGUUCUGCUCGGAGCACCGGAUCCAUCGCCGUUACGACCUGAAAGGCUCCUCCUACGGCCGGAAAUCCGACAGGUUUGAAGAAGAGACCGGCGAUGCAACCACACUCAAGGAUCUGGAUCUCAACUUUGCGUUCCGGAUGCAGCGCUCUUGGUAUAAAGAGCUUCAUGAGCAACUUAGACGAGAUUGCGCGUUCUUGGAAUCGGAGGGCAUCAUGGAUUACAGUCUAUUGGUUGGAGUUCACUUUUGCGAUGAUAUUGUCCCUGCAUCAAAGAUGGCAUCAUCUACUUUUACUACUUUUACUACUUCUCCUGAGCUUUCAGCCAACAUGCUGUCGGCAUGCCAAAACAGCGUCAGCGUGUCUGAGCCGUGCCUCUCAGCUAAAGAUCUGGACAAGAUGGCCGAUCACCUGAACUUCAGGAAACCAUUGGCCAGACUGGGUGCACACAUGCCAGCUCGAGCGGAGCGCACAUCCAUGAGCGACAUCGACCCUUUCCCCUCUGGUGACGGGGGAUUCUCGUCUGGCCGGAGCAAGAGCGGGGGUGAAGCCUACGACGUCAUCCUCUACUUUGGGAUAAUCGACAUCCUCCGGGACUACGACAUCAGCAAGAGGCUGGAGCACGCAUACAAGUCGCUGCAGACGGACCCCAGCUCGAUCUCCGCGGUCGACCCCAGGCUCUACUCGCAGAGGUUCCAGGAUUUCAUGGGCAGGGUUUUCAUCAAGGAGUGCUAGUGUACCACAUAAGUUUUGAUGUACUACUAUACACACAUCAGUAGAGGUUGUAGUGGCUGAAUUUUUUAGACACAGCCAGGGUUCAUGGAGAGGGAGGAAGAGGUGGUGUCUGUAAAUGGUUUGUGUGAUUUGGUUAGUGAGGGGCAGAUCAGAUCCCUGAUUUUGUUUGUUAGUGAGGGUCUCGCUUUGUUUUUUCUCUUUCUUUGGGCUUGUUGAGUUGUGCCCUCAGCAGAACCUUAUGACUUGUUGUGGUACUUGGGUGUGUGUGUGUGGACUUGGUGUGGUUGUAUGUCCUUUGGCGGUCUGCUUUAUCUAUAAAGCGGGGCGAAAGCCUUUUUCGGUUUA